GGAGCGGGGGGCGGGGAGGGGACCCCGGAGGAUAAAGAUGGCAAUGUCUCUUAUCCAAGCGUGCCGCAGUCUGGCUCUCUCAACAUGGCUGCUUUCCUUUUGUUUCGUGCAUCUGCUCUGCCUGGACUUCACGGUGGCGGAGAAGGAGGAAUGGUACACGGCCUUUGUGAACAUCACCUACGCCGAGCCCGCGCCGGACCCCGGGGCCGGGGUGGCGGGCGGCGGCGGCGGUGGCGGCGAGCUGCACACCGAGAAGAGCGAGUGCGGGCGCUACGGGGAGCACUCGCUCAAGCAGGACGCCCGCGGGGAGGUGGUCAUGGCCAGCUCGGCCCACGAUCGCCUGGCCUGCGACCCCAACACCAAGUUCGCUGCUCCGAGCCACGGCAAGAACUGGAUAGCGCUCAUCCCCAAGGGCAACUGCACGUACAGGGAUAAGAUCCGGAACGCGUUCCUCCAGAACGCCUCAGCCGUGGUCAUCUUCAACGUGGGCUCCAACACCAACGAGACCAUCACCAUGCCCCAUUCAGGUGUAGAAGAUAUCGUGGCUAUAAUGAUUCCUGAGCCAAAAGGCAAAGAGAUAGUGAGCCUGCUGGAAAGAAACAUCACCGUGACCAUGCACAUCACCAUUGGAACCCGGAACUUGCAGAAAUAUGUGAGCCGCACAUCGGUUGUGUUUGUCUCCAUUUCCUUCAUUGUCCUGAUGAUCAUUUCCCUCGCAUGGCUGGUCUUUUAUUACAUCCAGAGGUUUCGAUAUGCAAAUGCCAGGGACAGGAAUCAGCGCCGAUUGGGAGAUGCAGCAAAGAAAGCCAUCAGCAAGCUCCAAAUCAGGACUAUUAGGAAGGGUGACAAGGAAACAGAGUCCGAUUUUGACAACUGUGCAGUUUGCAUUGAAGGGUACAAGCCCAAUGACGUGGUCAGGAUCCUGCCCUGCCGGCAUCUUUUCCACAAGUCCUGUGUUGACCCCUGGCUUCUAGACCAUCGCACCUGUCCCAUGUGCAAGAUGAACAUUCUUAAAGCCCUAGGGAUCCCGCCCAAUGCCGACUGCAUGGACGACUUGCCCAUUGAUUUCGAGGGUUCUCUUGGAGGCCCACCAACCAACCAGAUCACAGGCGCCAGUGACACAACAGUAAAUGAAAGCUCAGUCACUUUGGACCCUGCUGUGCGGACAGUGGGGGCCUUACAGGUGGUCCAGGACCCAGACCCUGCACCUCAGGAGGGAGAAGUCAUCUUUACAACUAACAGUGAACAAGAGCCAGCUGUGAGCAGUGAUUCGGAUAUCUCACUGAUUAUGGCAAUGGAGGUGGGACUAUCUGAUGUAGAACUUUCCACUGACCAAGACUGUGAAGAAGUGAAAUCUUGAAAUGGUGGAUAUAGACAAGAGAGAACAUAGGACCCAAGAGGAUGAAGGGAAGGAGUACUCCAAGACGUGAAGAGAAUGCACAGGGCUUCAGAUCACAAUGGCAACUCCAGGGAACUCCUUUCAAGGGUAGUAAUGAAAGCAAUAUCCAAAGUCUCCAGUAAAUCAGGACACAGGUUUCCCAACUCUGCAACAGCUUAUGGCCUUGGUAGCUUGGAAGCUGAAAGCUGGAUUCUUCCUGUGUCCUUGUAGACAUACACUUCAAAAGCUCCUACAACAGAGACUGAAAGGAAACCUUUAGGGUUUCUUCAUUUCAACUUUUCCAGGUCUUACUGUUCUUGUGUUGGGAAGAUUGUUUCGUUUCCUUGACAAUUUCUUUUUAAAGAAAAUGUGUAGUUUACAUCUACCCUUUCUUUUCUCUUUGACUCACUCCAGCUCUCAUAUGCAGGUCUGUUUAGAAGCACCAGUCCUGCUCUGAUGAUUGGUUUGUAUCACAUCUCUGAGAUUCAUGGUUGUGACCUCUCAGCAUGAAGUGUGCAUGACUUUGAGAAUUACCUCAGCACCCUGAAACAGUGUAAGGCCAGCUUUCAUUAAGAAUCGUAAUAACUCCCCUAAGUGGGUCUUAAAAAUCCCAACUGCCAGAGACCCCAACACUAAAUUCUAAAUCUGCUGAGUACAUUGCUCAAUAUUUUCAGUUACAUCAUAUUGGUUUCUACUUACCAGUUCCUGUCCAGGGCCUUGGCAUGAGAGAGCUAUAGGGAAGGACUUCAGUUCAUCUGGGUUUUCAUAGAAGUCCCCUGCAGAGAACAAAUGCCAAUGUUCAGAGGUUGUGUCUGGGACUAUAAUGCUAGAUUUAAAUCUUGGUACCAGGACUAGAGAGUUGCCUCAGCAGUUAAGAGCACUUCCUGCUCUUAUAGAGGACCCAAUUUGGUUCCCAAUACCCACAAGGUGUUUCACAACCAUCUGUAAUGCCAGUUCCAUGUGACCCAUGGAACCAUGUGACCACUUCUGGCCUCCACGGGCGCUGCAUGCAUGUGGUGCACAUAUAUACAUUCAGGCAAAUACUCAUACACAUAAAUUAAAACUUACUAAAUGAAUCUUUAGAACCUGAUACCACAUCAUCCCAUGGAAAGGAAGAUGGCCUGUUUCCCUGGUUUCCCAAAGGCCUGAGCAGUUUAUCACCUCCAAAAAAUGAGUGAAUGAAAGCUGUAGAAAACAUGUAAUCAUUUGUUAGCCCAAUGGCACCUGGGCUUAAGAAUUGUCCCUGAGUGAUUCUGUUCUGCUAAACCUCACCAGACCACCUGGGAAGCAUUGAUGAAUCCUUAGUAGUUCUUAUCUCAGUAUUGAUGAAUCCUUACUAGUUUAUAUCUCUAGCCUACUUGAGAGCAUCCAGAUACCAAGAAAGAAACAAGGUGUGAUUUAACAUACCAGUUAAAACAAAAGGUGCAUCAUGGGAAACUGACAAAUCAGGUUUCUCCUGAUUAAGAGAGACAAAUAAGAAGGAAAAGAAGAAUCCAGUAGAUAUCAAUACCCACCCAUACUUUCAAGUUGUUUACGUUUUUAUUCUUUUUUGGGUAACAAUGACAAAAUGUGCAGUUUUUCAGGUGGGCUAUUUUGUAAUAUAUGCAGCAUCUCCAGAUACAGAAGUGGCCAACACAGUGAACUGUGUCACUGGACAGUUGGGUGGAUCUCCUUAUUGUCUCUAAGCAGUUGGCAAUGACAUAUGCUGCGUGGACUAACUGGGAAAGAAAGUACCUCUUGCUGAGCUGUAUUUGCAUAUUUGAUGUGGGGCUUUCCACCUCAUUACGCUAAUACCCAUUCAGAGUUUGGUUCAGCUAUAAAGGCUUACUUGCCUCCUGGAAUUUUGAGGCUGGGUCAAGGGAGAACUCUGUUGCUUUUUCACUGCCUUUAAUCACUUCCCAUCCGAUGGCUUAUUAGUAGACAGCAAGGCAAGGAAAACUGAUAACUACCUUCAGAAAGGUCAUGCCUCUUUAAGAAUUCUGCACUUCCCAUAAAGAACUGCAGUCUCUAAGGAUUGAGAAGAUAGGACGCAAGAAAGGAAGAGAGCUCUGAUACUCUGAACCAGGAAAAAGAGUUCUGGAUGUACAGCACAUGUACAUCCAGACCUCAACUUCCCCAUCUGCAAAGUGAAGAAUUUAGCAAGAUGAUUCUCAUGGCUCUGUCUGUCCUUAGAAUUAUCCAUGAGCACUUUGCUAGUGGGAUCUUGGGGUUUUUUUUUCCCCCAGAUAUCCAUAGCAUAUAGCAAGUAGGCUUCAUAGCCAGGCAAGUAGGCUUCAUAACCUGCCAGCCAGGUUUCUUGACAUGUAACAUAUGCUAACUGCCUUUGGAGUUUGGUGCUCACAUUGUUAAGUUUCAAGUGUAAGUAAGAAUAAAUUUGUUCUGUCUUGUUUCAAAGCUACAUUUGGAGCGUGUGACCCCUGGAACGCUUCACACCCUCUUAAUCUCAAAGGGGUUCAUUUCUCCAACAAUACUGGCUGGCACCAUUCACCCCUCUUCCAGUGAGCUAUGUCCCCAAACAAAUGUGGGUAUUAAGUAUAAUGAAAUUAGGGAAGUUCAACAGCAAAAGAAAUGCAAAUUAUAAGCAUGCCAAGAGAGAAAAGAGUAUGAUAGUCCUCUGCUUGAAGAGUGUUUUCCUGUAAAUGGUUAGAUAAAUCAUUGAUUCCAUAAGCAAGCCAUGGACAUGACAUCCUACAGGGUGCUGAGUGGAUGAUGAGGGGUCCAAGAGGUUCACCUGCAGCUGUGGAUCUAAGUCCAAGGAGAUUCUGUGGCAAAAUCCCUGAGCCUGUAAGAGUCUCCAUUUCCCAAAAAGUUUUGAAGGGGUUCCCUGUGGCUUUGACAGCUAAAAGAAAGAUUAAACAGAAAGUUUCCCUUUCACCAGAAAUUAGAAAAAAAAAAAAAAAAAAAAAAA